AUGCUGGCCGAGUAUUCUCGAGUGGUGCGGGCGCUGCGGCACCUGUUUCGGCUUUUCAUGAUGGAUGGAGCUAAGAGUAAGCAACAGCUCAGCAUUCGGCGAACGACAUUGCUUGCGUCACUGAGCCGAGCCCAGCAGUUUCUACAGGGGUACGUGGCCGACCGCGAUGCUCUGCAAGUGGCCAUUCGGUUGGAGAAUUUAGAAGUUUUAUGGCAAGGUCUGGAGGAUACUCAAACGGCUCUGGAGGAGAUGGAAACAGAUAACGAAGCGAUGGCAGCUGUCAAAGGGGAGGCAUCUCAGGUAAUCGAGUCGAUACCCAUCAGCGCAGCCAACUAUCCUCUUGCCUGGGACGCCUUGGUAGCUCGAUAUUCCAACGAGUACUUGUUAAAAAAACGACACAUGCAAGCGCUACUAGAAAUACCACGGAUGAGGGAAGAAUCUGCUGUCGCUUUGCACGGACUCGUGGACGACUUUGAAAGGCAUAUAAAGGUGCUAAAGCAAUUGGGAGAGCCUACGGAUGCCUGGAGUACAAUUUUGGAACACUUGCUCUGCACAAGACUACAUCAUGAGACUCUCAAUAUGUGGGAAGAUCACGCUUCUACUCUGGAAGAGCCUUCUUACCCAAAACUGGUCGAAUUCCUACAGCGUCGCAUGCGGGUGUUAGAAUCGAUUUCGGUAAAUCGCGAUUCUGCGCAAUCCGUUUUAACACCAUCCAUUUCUGGAUCUUCAGGAGUCAGUCAACGAUACAAGCGUCCAACUGAGUUACUGCUGUCUACACAUGCGAAUCGAGGCUAUAGCAACACGGGUGGAAAUUCACAGCAGUCAGCACAAAUAAACGUGGCAACGUCAACUAUCGAGCAUUUCACACCGCAAUCAAUCGCGGCUAUCAACGAAAUUCAAGGGUCGAAAAUUCUCGCGCACGCAGCACGAAAUGAGAAUGUGUUUAUGCUCACUGUAGUUCUAAUCAUCGUUGAUGCCUACGGUCAAAAUCAUUUUGCUAGAGCCUUGUUAGACUGCGCAUCACAGCCCAACAUAAUCAGCGAACGAAUGGCUCAAAUUCUCCGGCUUAAGCGAAAUAAGGUGAACGUUCAGCUUCAUGGUCCAGGUGGUAUCGCUGUUCGUUCCACCGACUCAGUGUUCACCCAAAUUCACUCUAGGAAAGAAAACUUUUCGCGUGACGUAGAGUUCUUGAUCCUACCGCGAGUAACAGCUGAUAUGCCUGCGAGCGAUAUUUCGAUUGAUAACUGGAGCAUCCCCAAGGACCUUUUCCUGGCAGAUCCAAACUUUAACAAGCGAGCAGAAGUUGAUAUGAUAAUCGGCCUUUCACAUUUCUUUGCUUGCUUUAAAACUGCUGCACGCGUGCAUUUGGCACAAGAUUUGCCCGAGUUAGUCGACAGUGUCUUCGGUUGGAUUGUCGCAGGCUCAGAAAACUUAGAGCGCUUCUGGAAAAUAGAGGAACUUCCCCCGCACUCGGAUUAUUCUGUCGAAGAACGCCAAUGUGAGACUAUCUACGCAUCAACCGUCACAAGGGACAGUACUGGCCGAUAUACUGUGCGCCUACCACGCCAUCCGGACUUUGAUGCCAGGGUAGGGAACUCCAAACUGGCGGCGCUUCGAAGAUUCAAACUUCUAGAGCAAAGGCUCGAUCGAAAUCCCACACUGAAGAAAGAGUAUCACGACUUCAUGAAAGAAUACCUCACUCUCGGCCAUAUGUGCCAAACCCCCAAGGACGAUGAGCAAAAUUUCAAAGGUUACUACCUUCCUCAUCAUCCCGUGCUGAAAGAGUCCAGUACUACAACGAAAGUCCGCGUAGUAUUCGACGCAUCCGCUAAAACUUCGACCGGUUUUUCCUUGAAUGACUCACUUUAUGUUGGACCAGUUGUCCAGGACGACCUCCUGUCGAUAAUUUUGCGAUUCCGCACGUACCUGGUAGCUGUGGUUGCGGACAUUGAAAAAAUGUAUCGCCAGGUCUCAGUGCAUCCUUCUGAUGUCCCAUACCAACGAAUAUUGUGGCGAUUCAAUGAAGCAGACCCAAUUCAAACUUAUGAUUUGUUAACCGUUACAUAUGGACUUGCACCAUCGUCCUUUCUAGCCACACGCACCUUGCAGCAGUUAGCCGACGACGAAGGCGUGGCUUAUCCCAUCGCAGAGCCAAUUCUACGCAAAGGGUUCUACGUAGACGACUGUUUAGGCGGUGAACAAUCGGUUGAAAAGGCAAUUCAGCUGCGUGACGAAUUAAUCGAGCUACUUCAGAAAGGUGGAUUCAGUCUGCGAAAAUUCACAUCCAACAAAUUAGAAGUUCUACAUGGCCUGUCCCCAGAGCAAGUAGGCACACAAUCAUCUCUUACUUUCACCUCCCAAGAAACGGUCAAAACAUUAGGAGUAGGCUGGGAACCUGAACACGACAUGCUUCGUUUCGAUUCCAACGUAAAGCACCCCGAGGAUGUUGCAACCAAAAGGUCGAUUUUAUCGUCCAUUUCGCAGCUCUUCGAUCCGCUUGGACUAAUAGCACCAGUUGUGAUACGUGGGAAGCUGCUUAUGCAAGAGUUGUGGUUGAUGCAAAGUGAAUGGGAUCAACCAGUUCCAACGAUUAUCAAAGAGAAAUGGUACGCGUACUAUAAGGAUCUUCCUAAAAUUGCCGAAUUUCGCACCGAACGCUAUGCUUUCUUGCCGAAUGCUUCAGUUAAACUGCACGUGUUUUGUGAUGCUUCAGAAGCAGCCUUUGGAGCAUGUGUCUACGCACGGUCAGCCGAUACCAAAGGAAACAUAAGAGUAGAGCUACUUGCAUCUAAGUCUCGGGUCGCCCCCUUGAAAAGAAUUACUCUGCCUAGACUUGAACUUUGCGCUGCUGUCAUUGGCGCCCAGCUACAUGCGCAUGUGGUGAAUGCUCUUCAAAUCGAAAUUAGCGAAUCUCGAUUUUGGUCAGAUUCGACGGUGGUACUCCAGUGGUUACAGUCUCCACCAAACACAUGGAAGACGUUCGUUGCCAAUAGGGUUUCUGAAAUACAAUCCAGCACUCACGGCGCACGAUGGAGUCACAUUUCCGGUAAGGAAAAUCCGGCAGAUUUGAUAUCCCGAGGAAUGAGAAUGGACGAUUUCCUUUCAAGCGAUUUAUGGAAACAUGGCCCACACUGGCUUCUUCAAGCAGAGAAUGAAUGGCCUGCUCCGACAAUGCUCCCGGCGUUAACCGACAACGUAGAGGUUAAAAAAGUUUUCGUCGCCGUGAUUCAUAACAAACCGGGGGUUAAUCCAAUGUUUACCCGCUAUUCGUCGCUUGAUAAAUUGAUUCGCGUAACUGCGCACUGUCUUCGAUUUGUCGGUAACAUGCGCUCUAAAACUCGCACGCAUCCUAGCGUUACGACUGAUUUUCUCCCCGGCAAGUGUUUAUCGGCAAAACAAAUAUCGGAUACCCAAUCACACUUAGUACAACUUGCUCAAGCGGAUGCAUUCCAUGAUGAGCUGAAAGACCUAAAAAGAGGAAAUAAUGUGUCAAAACAUUCAUCGGUUCGAUUACUUAGCCCUUUCAUAGACCAGAGGGGAACACUCAGAGUGGGGGGUAGGUUGAGAUUAUCUGACGAAUCCUUUCACGCAAAACAUCCUGCUCUAUUGCCAAGCUAUCAUCCAUUUACCCGAUUACUUCUCACAUCCUACCAUCUCAAGUUGCUUCAUGGUGGUGGCCAACUCACUCUAGCCACUGUGCAUGAAGAAUACUGGCCCCUAAAUGGAAGGCGGAUGAUGCGAAGCAUUAUACGAUCAUGUGUUAAAUGUGUCAGAGCAGAUCCAGUUCCAAUCCAACAGCGUAUUGGUCAAUUGCCCGUACCCCGAAUCACUGCAAGCAGACCUUUCACCGUUACUGGCGUUGACUACGCUGGACCAGUUUACCUACGAGCACCGCAUAAACGAGCCGCGCCACCAAAAGCAUAUAUUAGCGUUUUUGUAUGUUUUUCAACGAAGGCGGUGCACCUAGAACUCGUCUCCGAUCUAACAACCGCCGCCUUUCUAGCCGCUUUUCGGAGAUUCACUUCUCGUCGCGGUUUACCCACCCACGUUCACUCCGAUAAUGGAAAGAAUUUUCAAGGAGCAAAAAACGAACUACAGGAGUUAUAUCAACUGCUAUCAAAUGAGAACGAAAUUUGCAAAAUCCAAUCCAAGCUUGCCAGUGAUGGAAUUACUUGGCACAUGAACCCACCAAAGGCUCCACACUUCGGGGGUCUUUGGGAAGCAGCAGUAAAGGUAGCCAAGAAACACCUUCACCGCCAAUUGGGCAACGCGAGACUUUCAUUCGAGGAUAUGUGCACGGUGCUGGCGCAAAUCGAGGCCAGCAUGAACUCCCGUCCGUUGACACCAUUAACAGAGGAUCCAAACGAUCUUAACUCGCUCACUCCGGGGCACUUUCUCAUCGGAAACGCGAUACACUCAAUGCCAAAUCCGGAUGUCCGAUGCAUCCCAACUAAUCGCCUCGACCAUUAUCAGCGAAUGCAAUUGCUGCAUCAACAAUUUUGGCAUAGGUGGCGAACGGAAUAUCUGCAGGAACUGCAACGCGAGACGAGCGUUCGUUCAGCAAACACGAACAUUAAACCCGGACAGCUGGUAGUCAUCCUCGACGAAUUCCUCGCGCCGCUAAAAUGGCCGCUGGCGCGCAUCAUCAGUAUACAUCCUGGCCCCGACGAUCUCGCUCGUGUAGUUACUUUGCGAACUGCUAAAGGCGUCAUUCAACGACCGGUAGUAAAAAUCUGCUUGCUACCAACACAGCAUGAUGAAACAGCGUCUGCAGACACAUCCACAACAAAGGAAAACAUCCCACAACCAGUCCCAACAGAUGAUGAUCCGGAUCACAGCACUGCGGAAGAAAAUUUAUAUAGUCAUUAA